AUGUCGCAUCCCCAACCUCAUGCUGUUGAUGUUCCUAUCACAGAUAUGGAUGAUCCAGAGGAUGAUAUCAUAUUUGCUGAACAAGCACAUGACAACACACAUACAAGACCAAGCACGUUUUUAGAUACGUUAGAUUAUGAAAACACCGCUUCUUCACAACAGGGACAAAAUGGACCAGGUAUAUUUUCCAAAUUUAAAUCAUUUUUGACAAAUUCUCAACCAUCAAGUGCUAGUGAUUAUGAAAUGGUACUGCGUUUUGAUAUCGAUACUCCCAGUGAAACUGAUGGAGAAUAUGAUGAAUCAAGAGAGCCUCCUCUUGAUAUUAGAGAUUAUAGAAUAAAGUUACUAGAGAAGCAGGUCAAAAAUAGAACCAUCAUCGGAAGUGUAGUAUUGUUUACAGUUGGUAUUUUAACGUUUAUUUUAUUCUUCAAUAGAAAUAAUGGUCAUUUGGGGAUUCAACUGAGUGGUGGUAAUACUCGUAGAAUUUACACCAAUUCAACUCAUAAUUUCCAUCAAACUACUAUUUUAAUAUCACUUGAUGGAUUCCAUCCCCAUUAUAUCAAUCCCUUGGAUACUCCUACCAUGCAUAAUAUAAUGAAGAAUGAUUAUGGUGCACCAUAUAUGAUACCGAGUUUCCCAUCUCUGACAUUCCCAAAUCAUUGGACUUUAAUCACUGGGUUAUAUCCAUCAGAACAUGGUAUUGUCGGUAAUACAUUCUAUGACCCUUUACUCAAGAAACAAUUCAUAAAUACCAAUCCAAAGAUUGGAGGAUUGGACCCUGAUUUUUGGCAAGGUGGGGAACCUAUUUGGAAAACUGCAAAGAAACAAAAUAUCAAAACCGCAGUUCAUAUGUGGCCAGGAUCUGAAGUUCCACAUAUUGGACCGGAAGAUGAUUUUGAUAGAUAUAAUGGAUCAGAAUUGUUGUCAAGUAAAGUCGAUAGAGUAAUGGGAUGGUUAGAUAGAGAUUCUAUUGAUAACAGACCAGAAUUGAUUCUUACAUAUGUACCAACAAUUGAUCAAUUUGGACACAAGUUUGGAAUUUCAGGACAAAACUUAACUGAUGCUUUAACUUAUGUGGAUAAUUUCCUUGAUUUAUUGAAACAAGAAUUACACAAAAGAAAUCUUGAUGAUAUUGUAAAUGUGAUUAUUGUCAGUGACCAUGGAAUGGCACCUACAUCAAAUGAUAGGUUGCUCUAUCUUGAUGAUUUGAUUGAUCUUGACAAGAUCGAGCAUAUUGAUGGUUGGCCAUUAUUUGGAUUGAGACCAAAGGAAGAGUUUUCUGUUGAUGAAAUAUACAAUGAACUUCAGGAGAAAUUUAACAAGAUGGGAUCAGAAAUCACGUCAAAUUAUGAGAUUUAUAAAGUAGAAGAUGUUCCAAAAGAAUUCCAAUUUGGUGGUAAUCUUACUGAUCACAAGUUUAAUUAUAGAUUAGCACCGAUUUGGAUUUUCCCAAAUGUUGGGUAUUCAAUCACAACCCAUCAACAAAUGAAAGAUAAUAAUUUUGAUUACAAACCAAAGGGAGUUCAUGGAUACAACAAUACACAUUUAUUAAUGAGGGCUAUAUUUUUAGGAUUUGGUCCAUAUUUCAAGAAUAAACCACUUAAAGUUGAACCUUUCCAAAAUACUCAAGUUUAUAAUUUGGUUUGUGAUACUUUAGAUAUUAUCCCUGCUCCUAAUAACGGUACUCAAAUUCAUGAAAUCUGGGCAAAUGAAUUGGAUGAUGGUUGGUUAGAUAGUUUGAGUUUCCCUAAUUUACCAUUUGAAAUUGAACAUAUUGUAAGAAAUAAUGCCACUUAUGAUUCACUCUGGAGAAAAGGAAAAUAUCAAGAAGCAGAAGAAGAAGGAGGAGAGAAGGAAAUUCCUACAAAUGAUCAUCCUUUGGAGGAUAUGAAAUCUGAAGAAUCGACAAUAACUUCAUUGACACCUGAAAAAUUACCUAAACCUACUGAUUUUAUUUCGACUGAAACAGGAAAUACUUUAACCACGCUGACAACCUCAAAAAUCCACCAAGGUUUUGGUGACAUCAUGGGUGAUAUAAUGGACGGAAUUGGGGAUGGUGUAGAAGCAAUUGGCGAUGCUUUUCACAAUCUUAUAGACGAUAUAUUCUGA